AUGAAUGAACAACUAACACGUUUAGGAGAAACAUUUCAUGGUAGUGUCAAUGGAUACACAAUAAAGUAUGAUUCUGGUGUUUAUAUACUCGGGCUAUUAGGAACAGAAGUACAAAUUUAUACAGAACAAUCAUUAACGAAAGAUUUAAUUCAUCACCAUGGAUGGAACGGAACAUAUGAAUCGAUUGUAUCAUCAAAUAAGAAUGGAUCAAUUGCAUUUGUUUAUUCAUCAUUCGAAAAACCUAUGGAAGUUUAUUUCAUUAACAAUAUUGAUCAACUGAAAUCAGCACAAGCAACAACCAACGAAAAUGACUUGUUUACUCGAAGAAAUUUACCUCAAACAAAAUUAUACAAUUGGAUAAAUGAAGAUGAUCAUCGAAUGAUCGCAGGAAUCCUACAUUAUCCAGCUGAAAUGUCGGAAUCUAAAAAUUUAUCUCUGCCCAGACCACUAUCUCGACCAGGAAAAGAUAUUCUUUGUGGAGUUGAUCGAUUAAUUAAAGAUAGCAUUGUUAAUCCACACAGGCUUGCUGUCGGUGGUUAUAGUUGUGAUGGUUUCUUAACAAAUUGGUUAAUUACGCAGACUAGACGUUUUAAUGCUGCUCUGUCAGGUGCUGGCGUUGUUGAUUAUGCUUCAGUACGGGGUAUGAUGGAUAUGCCUGUAUCACUCAGCUACUUGUUUGGAGGGUUUCUCUGGGAAGUAUCAAAUAUUUAUCAAAAUGAAGCAUUUAUUUAUCAAUUAGAUAGAAUACAUACACCUACACACAUCAUCACUGGUAAAUAUGAUAAUCGAGUUCCUACAUCUCAAAGUUAUAUAUUAGAACGAGAACUUCAUUAUCUUGGCAUAUCAGUUAAAUUAAUUAUUUUUCCAAAGGAAGGACACUCAGUGACUGUAUUAAUACGUUGUUUUGUUGAAUUAAUCAAUGCCGUUUUUGACCGAUCUCGAGCACCAGCAUCGAUUGGUAAUAACAUAUGUCUGGAUCUGGAUUGA